AUGGCUUUAAAUAACGUUGGUAUUCCCAUUCCAGUUCCUGCAAACAUUAAUCAAGUUGCUAAUGCAAAUAAUCCAGUUCCUGCAAACAUUAAUCAAGUUGCUAAUGCAAAUAAUCCAGUUCCUGCAAAUGGUAAUCAAGUUGCUAAUGCAAAUAAUCCAAUUCUUGCAAACGUUAAUCAAGUUGUUAAUGCAAAUAAUCCAGCUCCUGCAAACAUUAAUCAAGUUGCUAAUGCAAGGGGAAUGGCUGCCGACAAUCCAUUUAUCAAGGAAAUUCUUGAUGGGUCUAUUCCAUCAUUCAUGCAUGAAUGUAUCAUCGAAGAUAUUCAACAAUGA